AGCACAUUUUCUGUGGGUACUAAUCCGUCCUGGACAGACUCAAUUGUCGAGUCAAUGUCUAAGUCACACUAAGGGGAGGUUUCUCGCACCGCACAACCCCAAGAAGUGGGCAAUUAAGUCACAAACCCAGUAGUCCGUGCGCAGCGCGACUUCACUUCGGUUCAGCCUCCAUUGCCUAUCCACCCACUCAGACUCUGCCCCACCCUCCCUCGAUUACUCCCAGAAGCCGCUGCGACACCGAUAAACCCUGCCUCUCCCCUCGAGUUGCUCGCCGAGUCGCACGCGACAUCUGCCAUCUCCGCACGUCAUUAGCCAGGUUUGAAGGGGCUGUUUCCCCCGCGCCCACCACCGCUACCCACCCAAACAACCCACCCGCCCGCAAGCCUACCUUCCCGCUGCCUUCACCAUGGACACCAAUAUGGAGGACGUCAAGAUGCCAGAUCCCGCACAGCUGUCGUCGGUACCGGCAUCGGAGCCCGCCUCAAUCCCUACGCUCGACGGCUGGAUUGAGAGUCUCAUGAGCUGCAAACAGCUGGCGGAGAGCGACGUACAGAGGUUGUGCGACAAGGCUCGCGAGGUCCUCCAGGAAGAGUCAAACGUACAACCCGUGAAAUGCCCCGUCACGGUCUGCGGUGAUAUACAUGGCCAAUUUCAUGACUUGAUGGAGCUAUUCAAGAUUGGCGGACCAAACCCUGACACCAACUACCUCUUCAUGGGUGAUUACGUAGACAGGGGCUACUUCUCUGUCGAGACUGUCACCCUCCUCGUCGCUCUUAAGAUCAGAUAUCCCCAGCGCAUCACGAUUCUGCGCGGUAACCACGAAUCACGACAAAUUACCCAAGUGUACGGCUUCUACGACGAGUGCCUGCGCAAGUACGGCAACGCGAACGUGUGGAAAUACUUCACGGAUCUCUUUGACUAUCUACCUUUGACCGCCUUGAUCGAUAACCAGAUCUUCUGCUUGCACGGAGGGCUGUCGCCCAGCAUCGACACGCUCGACAACAUUCGAGCCCUUGAUCGGAUACAAGAAGUGCCGCAUGAGGGACCCAUGUGCGACUUGCUCUGGUCUGACCCCGAUGACCGAUGCGGUUGGGGUAUCUCGCCCCGUGGUGCUGGUUACACCUUCGGGCAGGACAUCUCAGAAGCUUUCAACCACAACAACGGACUCACGCUGGUGGCGAGAGCGCAUCAGCUGGUCAUGGAGGGGUACAACUGGUCUCAGGAUAGGAAUGUGGUAACCAUAUUCUCCGCACCGAACUACUGCUACCGUUGUGGUAACCAGGCGGCCAUCAUGGAGAUCGACGAGCAUCUGAAAUACACAUUCCUGCAAUUCGACCCUUGCCCACGCGCUGGUGAGCCGAUGGUUUCGCGGAGGACCCCCGACUACUUCCUGUAAACUACGACUGCCUUCUUGUUCCGUAACACAAGCAUCAUAGAGGGGAAUUGCAUUAGCCCAUUCAUUGUACCGCAGGCAACGCUUGGCUCGUGGGUUUGUGCGUCGGGAGCGGGAAAAGUCGCGGACUUGUAGAGCUUCAGAAACGCCCGAUUGGAUGGGUGACGAUUCGCCGAGUCGAUGCAGGCUACGCAUGUAGUAAGCAGUAGUAGCAAAAGGCUCUUCGGCUUGAGGUUUCCGUUGUAGUAGUAAUGUGACGAAUGAAACACUAAGCUG